AUGGCCCUGCCCUGUCGACAACUGCUCGCUGCCGUCUGCCCCACCUCCGUCUUCCACGUCAUCGACACGUGGGUGGCAGCACCGGACGCUGCCACCAGUGGAGCCUCGGUCAACGCGGUCAACGGGUCAAGGCAGGAUCCGAGCGUCGGCCCCUGGUCAUUGUCGCCCACCAGGGCCGCGGGGUUUCCGACCUCUUCGGGCGGAAGCGGGGGGCGAGAGGACGUCUUGCGCAGGCUUGGGGGGAGCGGUAUUGGGCAGGUCGGGGAAGGGAAUGCGCGCGGCAGGGGCAUUUCGGGAACAACCGCGCCUGCAGGCGUCCCGCAGCCGGUUUCAGAGGUGUCUAGCGCAGAGGCGGAAGCAGGCGCAGCGGGAGGCGCAGAUGCAGGCGCAGCGGAGGGAUCAGUUGCAUGGGGAGCAGCGGCGGAAGUAGAAGCGAAGGCCAAGGUGGGGGGACAGGCAAUAGCUGAGGACACGGAGCCUAUGUGGACGUUAGAUUUGGACCCCAUCCGACGUGGCUCGUUCCGAUUGGGCCAGCUACAGAGCGCUCAGGGUCAGAGCAGCAGCAGACUGAAGGAGGGUUCAACCGAGAGCACUAGGGUUUCUGGGGGCGAUUUCAGCAGCACCAACUGGGAAAAGCUGGUGGCGGAAAGAUUCUCCGAUCCGCAGUGCGCUGAGCCGAGUUCUAGCGGCAGGGUUCGGGGUUUCGGGUUGGGGGGAAGAGGAGGGGAGGGAGGCGGGGAGCGCGCGGACAGCGCAGGGAUGCAGGCAUUGGUCGGCGGAAAGGAGCAGCGGAGACAGCAGCAGCAGCAGCGGCAGCGGCAGCAGCAGGUGCAGCUGGCGCAGCAACGGCACUACACAGAUUCCGCGCUUGGCGGAAUCCUUUCCGCUGCGCCAUCAUCCUCAUCAGCUGCGGCAGUGAGUUCCGCCGCUGGUAGCGCGCACGAGGCGCUGGAGCGCGGGGACGGACGCGGGGGCAUGCCAGUGGCGGAAGAGGCGCUGUGGCGCGCGCGGGUGGCGGAGCUGAUGCGCGUGGCGCUGGAGGAGGUGGAGGAGCGGCGCAGCAAGCUGAAAGUCCGCGCGGAGGACGAGGAGAGGCAGAGGCAGCGGGAAGUAGAGGCGUUCAAGAAGGCUGCGGAGGAGUACAGGCGGGAGCAGCAGGAGAUGAUGAAGAAGCGCAUGGGCCCGCGCACGGGCAUGGGGAAGCAGCUCAUGUCGCAGUGGUUCGCGCGCCUCAAGACCGCCGUGCUGGAGGAGCGCGCGCGCUAUGAGACCGGGGGGGAGCGCGCGCCUUCCAGCAGCAGCAGAAGCACCGCCAGUGGCGGCAGUGGCGGCAGUGGGAAGAGUAGCGGUGGGGGAAGGGGGGUUAGCCAGCUGACGAGCGCGGACCGCGCGCUGCAGGUGUUUGGGGACUUUCUGGUGAAAGUAGACGCGGAGAAGCUCGCAGCCAUCACCCUUAACCGCACCGUGGACCUGCUUCUAUCGGAGCAGGUGCGCAUGGCGCGUGGCAGGGACGGCGCGCAGGGGCAGCGCCAGGGCGGGUUCGGCGGGGGCGCGGGCGGGGGUGGGGGCGGCGGGGGGGGAGUGCGGGGCGAGACGGAGAAAGGGCACAAGUCGUUUGCGAAGGCUGUGUCCCUGGCGACACAGAUUGGGAAGGCGGUGGAGGUGGAGAUGAACCUGGCUCGCGUGCAGGAGGAGGUAAGAAGGAGCAUGCGCGUGCUCAAGAAGAAGCAGCGCCAGCAGGCCGCUAGAGACGCGGAGCAGGCGGAGGCAGCUGCGCGGGACGCGGACGGGGGAGGAGCAGGUGGGGAAGCAGCGGGAGAAGCAGUUGCGGAGGGCGCGGGGGUGAAAGCGAAGGGGAAGGGGAAAGCGGGGAAAGGGGGAGGGGGCGCGGGGGAGGCGGGGGCGGGGGAGGCGGAGGUGGAUAUGGAGCGCAUGGCGCAGCAGAGGGACGUGCUGCGGAAGCUGAGGAAGGAGAGCCAGCUGUCGGAGUGGCAGAAGAAGCGGCUUGUAGCGGCGGCUGUAGCGCAGGCACAGGAGCCGUGGAGCACAGAGCAUUAUGUGCAGGUGGGGUCGUGCCUGAUACAGCUGCUGCUGCAGUCUGCGCACGUGCCCCAGUCGAUGCUGACGGGGAAGAAGAAGGGGGACGGGGACGGGGACGGGGAAGGUGAAGGGGGGAGUGGGAGUGGCGCGAAGGUGGAAGCGGUGGAGGGGAAGAAAAAGGGGGGAGGUGGGAAGGAGGGGAGUGUGGGUGAGGGGAAGAAGGGCGGGGCGGAGGGGGGUGCGGCAGAGGAGGAGUUUGUGCCGGCUUUUGUGAUGGAUCGAGUCAAACUGGGCACUGGCGGGGCGCAUCAGCGGUAUGGAGUGGUGGCAUGUGCUACAGAGCUCAGUGACAUCCUUGAUAACUUCGCAUUGCAGCACGUGCCGUUCAUGCCCUACAUGCCCAUGCUUGUGCCACCGCGGGAAUGGCGCAGGUACAACUGGGGCGGGUAUCUCUUCCUGCCAAACAACAUAAUGCGUGUCUUUGGCAAUCCGGAGCAGCGGAACGUGCUUCAGCGCACCGAACCUGCCCGACUGCGUCGAGUCUUCCGGGCGCUGAACGUGCUGGGCUCCACGCCAUGGCGCAUCAAUGAGAGGGUACUGGGGGUGCUGGAGAAGAUAUGGCUUGACGGUGGCGGCAAGGCGGGCCUCGUUGAGAGACAUGAUGUGCCAGUGCCAGAGGAGCCAGGGGAGGGGGCGACGGAGGAGGAGAGGAAGGCGUGGCGGAGGGCAACGAAGAAGGCGGUGAAGGAGAACAUGGAGCGCCACUCCAUGCGCCAGGACCUCCGCCUCAAGCUCGAGGUGGCACGACAAUACGCAGCAGAACCGCGCUUCUACUACCCACACAACCUGGACUUCCGCGGCCGCGCCUACCCCAUGCACCCGCACCUCAACCAUCUCGGCGCCGACCACUGCCGCGGCCUCCUCCGCUUCGCUGACGGCAAACCCCUCGGCCCCUCGGGUCUCCGCUGGCUCAAAAUCCACCUCGCAAACCUCGUCGGGAGCGGUGCGGACAAGCUGAGCUUUGAUGAAAGAGUGAAAUAUGUGGAUGAGAGGAUGGAGAAGGUGCGGGCGUCGGCGGAGGAUCCGCUGGGGGAGGAGGGCGGGUGGUGGAUGGAGGCGGAGGACCCGUUUCAGUGCCUGGCGGCGUGUAUUGAGAUUGUGAGCGCCGUGGACUCAGGGUGUCCGGAGAAGUUUGAGUCCAGCCUGCCCGUGCAUCAGGACGGCUCCUGCAACGGGCUGCAGCACUAUGCCGCGCUCGGCAGGGAUGUGGAGGGAGCACGGUCAGUGAACAUGGUGAGCAAUGAGCGGCCUGCUGAUGUGUACACGGGCAUCGCUGAGCUGGUGAAGGAGGUGAUGCAGGGUGACGUGGCAAGCAGCCACGGGCCGCCGCACAGUCCCACUCAGAAGCCAAGUCAGCGAGGCAGCAAGGGGAAGGGAGGCCGUGUGGGGGGGGCAGAUGCGGUGGGAGAUGCUGCGACAUGCAGCAGUGAUGCGGGGGAGGGGAGGGAGGGUGGUGAGGCCAUGCGUGGGGAUGGGGAUGCUAUCUCGGCUGCUGACAUUGCUGCUCUCGAUUCCAUUCUUGGCGACAGCAGCAGCAGCGGCAGCAGUGGCAGGAGCAGCGGGGACUUGUGUAGAGCAGACGAGGAGGAGUGGGGCAGUGGGAACGACCCUGCUGCCACUCUACUCUCGAGCGACGACGACGAAGACGACGCAAGCAGCAGCAGCUGCCCCAAUUCGCUCAGACUAGCAGGUGACAAGUCUAGGCGAGACGGCAAGAGAAGCACGAGCAGCAGCAGCAGCAGAAGUAGUGACCUAACGGAUGAUCGCGAUGGCAACAGCGGCGUGGAUGCGGAGGCGAGGAGGCGCGGCGUGCACGCGCGGUUCCUGGCGGGGCAGGUGGACCGCAAGCUGGUGAAGCAGACGGUCAUGACCUCGGUGUAUGGAGUCACGUUUGUGGGCGCGCGCACGCAGAUCAUGAACCGCAUCAAGGAGAGGUCCCUCACGGAUGACGAUCACCAGCUGUACUCCGCGUCCGCUUAUGCUGCCAAGGUGACACUAGCAGCCAUGGACCAGAUGUUUGACUCAGCCCGGCAGAUCAUGGCAUGGCUCGGCAAAUGCGCUCAGCUGAUAGCAGCGGAGAACGAGAGUGUGAGUUGGAGCACGCCGCUGGGGCUGCCGGUGGUGCAGCCAUACCGCAAGGAGGGCCGCAAGGUCGUCAGGACGGCGUUGCAGUCAUUCACACUCAUCGACGACCGCAUGCGCCGCGAUGUGGUGGGGCAGCGGCAGAAGUCAGCAUUCCCGCCCAACUUCGUGCAUUCACUUGACUCCACACACAUGAUGAUGACUGCCAUGGCCUGCUACAACCGCCGCAUCACAUUCGCCGGAGUGCACGACUCGUACUGGACGCACGCGGCGAGUGUGGAGCGCAUGAAUGAGAUCCUCAGGAAGCAGUUCGUCGCCCUGCACUCCCAACCCCUGCUCGAGAAUCUAUUGGAGGAGUUCAGGGAGAAGUACCCGCACCUGGACUUCCCCAAUGUGCCGCGCCGCGGCCAGUUUGACCUCAACAACGUGCUCCAAGCGCCCUACUUCUUCGACUAG